CAGGAAGUAAGAGAAAGCCGUGGCGGGAACAAAUCAAAACAAACCACGUUAACUUUUCUCAAGCUACAUUUACCUUUAACUGUAAGAUUCAGAGGAUAUUUGACACGGGAACAGCCCAGGCAUGAGCAACCCACACCUGGACGAGUGGCAGAGGAGGUCCUUUGACAUUUCAUCUGGCACCAGCACCCCUCAACAGACGGCCGACUCGUUCAGAGCCCACAUCUUCGACAUUCAGUAUGCAUGGGCAAGCCACCAGCUAACUCAAGCCGCGCAAACCAGGCUGCUACGGACAUACACCGAAUGCUAUGCUGCCGUGCUAGACUCGGAUGACCCCAAAAAUGGGUUAAACAACUAUGCAGAGAGCGCCUUGCAUUUGGCCAGAAGUCAGAAAAACCACAGUGAAAAGUGGGAGUCGGGGCUAAGCUUGGAGGGGCUACUGAAGAUGCCAUGCGUGCAGAAGAUGGUACAAGCAAAAAGUAAAGUGAAAGAGAAAACGAUAAAACCAGAGGAUGAAAAUAUAACAGUUGGACAAGAUGGCCAAAGUUUGUCUUUUCCAGUAAGAGCUGAGAAUGCAGGUUUCACAUCAACAACACAGCAAUAUACCAUGCCAAAACAAGCCAGUAGUACUUCCAUGAUUGCAAGUUCUUCUUCUACAUUGGAGCAAACAAAAAGCUUUGCAGGUAAUUCAAAUACUAGACACACAUCUCACCCUGUGUUUGGUAAUCCAUCUUCAGCUCAGAACUCAUUUUCGGGUCAUCCUAACUACCAUACUCCUACUUUUUCUAACCAAAACACUCAACCUACAUUGCCAAAUUCAUCUAAACGAAAGAACUUCUACAAUUCUGAAGCGGGAGAGACCAGUAGAGGGCAGUAUGGCGGACACACCUCUGCACCAAAACCGGGGAGCAAUUUCAAAACUGCUCGUGAACAAUUAAUCGUUGACCAACAAAAAAAAUACUCAAAUCCACAACAGCAAAGAGGGCAGACACCUGGUUUGGCAGCAGCUAUGAAGAAAUCACUAGGUGCUAAUCGAUCACGCGGAACUUUUUCUAAGUUUGUGUCACCUCUGCCAAGACAGGAAGAUGAACAAAAUACAUCUGCCAACAACAACAUGAACCAGGAUGGUACCAUUUUGGAUGAACGUUUGAAAAAUUUCGAACCAAAGAUUAUUGAAUUAAUUAUGAGCGAAAUUAUGGAUCACGGGCCUCCUAUAACCUGGGAUGACAUUGCUGGACUUGAAUUCGCCAAAACAACAAUAAAAGAAAUCGUGGUUUGGCCAAUGUUGCGUCCAGAUAUCUUCACCGGGUUGCGAGGUCCGCCAAAAGGAAUCCUACUUUUUGGACCACCGGGAACAGGCAAAACGCUAAUUGGAAAAUGCAUCGCUUGCCAAUCUGGAGCUACCUUCUUUAGCAUAAGUGCCUCAUCACUAACUUCCAAAUGGGUGGGAGAAGGUGAAAAAAUGGUACGCGCUUUGUUCGCAAUAGCAAGAUGUCACCAACCAGCUGUCAUUUUCAUUGAUGAAAUAGACUCCUUGUUGUCCCAAAGAUCAGAUAGUGAGCACGAAUCAUCCAGGAGAAUCAAAACCGAAUUUCUGGUCCAACUUGACGGCGCGACGACAGCAGCAGACGAUCGAAUUUUAGUUGUCGGGGCAACGAAUCGCCCUCAAGAAAUCGACGAAGCUGCCAGAAGGCGUCUAGCAAAGAGACUGUACAUCCCACUCCCAGAAGGAGGCGCAAGACGGCAAAUUGUGACCAACCUGAUGUCCAGAGAAAGGAAUAAUUUGAGAGAAAGUGAGUUGGAUAGUAUUGUAGAGGCGACGGAGAGCUUUUCAGGAGCAGAUAUGACACAGUUGUGCAGAGAGGCGGCUUUGGGGCCAAUUCGCAGCAUUCAGUUCAGUGAUAUAGCCACGAUUUCGGCAGAUCAGGUGCGACCGAUCACUUACGCAGACUUCCAGGAGGCACUGAAGACGGUGAGGCCGAGUGUAUCUAGCAAAGAUCUGGAGCUGUACGAGAACUGGAACAAGACCUUUGGAUGUGGGAGAUAG